GCGAGCGCGGGGCUAGCCCUCGGGCCGCCCCCGUCGUGCCCGCACCUGCGGAUCGCGGUCGAGAUGGAGCACAUGGGCUUUGGCUACUGCCAGUAGCGGGAGGUAAAGGGGCAGCCAGGGGAAUGGAUCGCAUCGGAUCGAUUCGGUUGCAUCGUAGGAAUUUCGUACGUUGCCAAUGAAAUUCGGGAUUGUUUCGAUGGUGCAAUAGGAUCCAACUCUGAAACAAUAAGAGAUGCUUUCGAGGAGAACUAGGGAUCGUUACUCUCGUGGACGACUAUCGUGUCGAAAAAAAGUAGGUGGUUGGUUCCACAUGUACAUUGGACUGGUAUUUAUGAAUCUAUACAGUAUUGGCUACUUGUACAUUGGCAAAAACCACUCUGCUGAUAGUCUUGCGGUACCAUUUCUUGGACAAUGGUUGUCGGCGACGUGAAAACGAAGGCAAGGGGGAAAGAAGGAAGGCCCCAUCUCGUUGCUUUUUCAACAAAAGGGAUCAUAUUUAGAACAGAAAGAAUACAGUACUUGAAAAGCAUCCAAUCCAGCAUCGACGCUUUCCUUCUAUUGAUUGCAUGGUCUUUGAAUUGAUCUCGGGAAUGAUGCAUCCAGAUACUAUCGAAUUCCU